AUGGCAAGGAACCCUACACGUACACCACAACCACAGCCAGGGAGGAGUACCGAUGAAGCACCCACUACUUCAAGAUCUUCUGCAGCUGUUUCAAGACCAUCUACAAGUGCAGCUCAUGGUCAAUUUAUAAGGCCAACUUCUACUCUCACACACAGUUCUUCCUCUGUGGAUACACUCCGUGAUGUAAGGACCAGCACUCCAGAUACAGGUGUUGGAAGAGGAACUGCAGAUUUGGGACAGUUGUUUGAUAGUUUGACCAGACAAUCAUCACCAUUAUUUGAUGAAGAAGAAAACUCGUCAAGGGAGAUAAACCUCAAUCUAGUACAAAUACGAGAGGAAAAUCAAGAUUCAGCAGAUAAUACAGGCCGUCAGGAUAGCAGUCAGACUUCAGAUUUACUAGACGAAUUUGGCGAUGCCCAACAAUUUGAAAUCCAUACCCCAGAGAAUCAGGAUGAACAAGUGGAAACACAGGCACCACCACCACAAGAAAUAGGGGAUGUAAAUAUUGCAAAUCCACCAGAAGUUGGACUAUUGGCCGAUGCUGGCUUAACUGAAAUGUUGUUACUUGCCAGGCAAUAUAGAAAGGACCACAGGGAGAUGCAGAAUGUAAUUAAUAGUAAUAUUGAACGUUGGGCAGCCAUAUCUGAAAAAAAUAUUUAAAUAGUAGAGUUGAAAUUGAAAGGUGAAAAAUUAAAUCUUCAAAGAGAAAUGUUUCAGUGGCAGAGGCAGAUGGACAAAGAAAAAAAACAGCAAAUUAAUUGAACCAUAAGCCUGACAGAAAUGACACUACAAUCCCUAUUAUCAAUUAUAAGGGAAAG